GUGUGCGGGCGUUCAGUGUGAAAGCGAUUAGCGAAGAGCAAACUGCUUCGUGACGAAACAAAGGAAAAAAAAAAAAAAUCAAGAUGUACAUGACUGAACGGCAGUAUGCGGGCUACUCAACCUGGUUCCAGAGCAUGAGGAGCCGGUGUCGUUUUGAUCAAUUAGUUAGGAUCGGGGUUAUAGUGGAGGCGUUCACACGCCCGAUUAGCCCCCUCGUGGGGUUGGAGCUCCUCAGGCAGCUGAGGAGAAUGGUGAAGGUGCUACCCCCGGAGCUGGAGAUCGUCGAGGGGCAAUUUGGCAUAACCUGGUUUUUUGUGGGGCCUCGAAUUCCAGUAGAGGCCAUCAACAUCCAGGAUGUGCAGGUGCUUGCCACCUGUAUGAUGGAAACAGCGGAUGAUAUGAUCAGAUCCGCAACUGGAUUGGCCAGGGACAACGAGGGAGAGUAGUACUCGGUCGGUGGUCCAGCCCGUGUUUGGAGAUGCUCCAAAAUCAGAUGUUAAAAAAAAAAUAUAUGUUAUAACAAAAAAAAAUUAAUUCUGGAGGAAAAAAAAAAAUAAAGCAAAAUUUUU